AUGAAAACAAAAAUUCCGCUGGAAGAACUACUCCACGAUUCACCGCAGAAUCGCACGUUGAUACGAUUAUUCGAAGAGGAUACGUAUAAUUUACGAAUAUGGAGUCAUGAACUGGACAGUGCAUUGAAUGAAUGGUGCAAUGCUCAGAAGGUGGCCAAUGUUGCCGCAUCGCAUCUUUGUGACGUGAUUUCUUCAUAUCGUUUGCAGAAGUUACCAUUAGAUGUAGCUUCAUAUGAUAUUCCAACAGUAACGGGACGUGUGUCACAGAAUUUAAAUGAAAUCAUCAGUUGGAUGGAACUGUUAGUGCAGCAGGUUGGAUUUUGUGUACAAACUCCGGUGAAGAAGGCAAUUGUAGAAUUGGAUGAACUUGUCGAAACAAUGAGACCAGAUUAUGCGGACGCUUUGAGCAGUCUGGCAGAUGCAGAAGAUCGGUGGGCAAGAGCGAGUCGGAAGGAUGCAGCGAGGCGAUUAGAAGAACUGAACAAUGAUGUUUUCAUAACGAGAAUGGGUUAUCACAAGGCUCGUUUCAUUAGUUUUGAUGCAUUCAAAAAAGAGUCGUUAACUUCUUUUCUAACGCAAGCACAACAUCAAAUGUUAACAAUCGGGAAAGAAGCAGAAAAAGAUAAGGAAGAAUGCAGCACAUUGUUGCAGUCGUUGAGUGACUUAUCGAAAUCACAAAAAGAGAUGUAUUAUGGUGAAAAGCCAGAGUACGUUCUACAUCAACACCAACAAGAAUGUGUUCGAGUUUCAGAAAGCGUUCAGAAACAAGGAUAUUUAAGAAUUAGACUGUACGUUUCUCUAUUUUUGUUAUUAUUGAUGACCUUGUUGGAACAACAUUAUUAUUAUAUCUUUUAUUUGUUAUUAUACUUAUUUGUUGAUGUCAUAUGGUAUUGGUGUCGUUUUUAUAGUAAGAGUGGUUUGUUCACGAAUAACUGGGAGAAAUAUUACGUCUUUACGCAAGGCGCAAAAUUAAUGUGGCAGAAAGCUGAUCAACUUGGUGGAUCGUUGAUGAUAGACUUAACUGCAGUGCCGGGAACGUCGGCGCAGAUUGCAAGCGAUGGAGUGGAUCGGCGAUUCGUUUUCGCCAUAUGUUUACCACCGUCUGAAGACGAUGAAGGUGAGAAACGAUGUUGGUUUGGUGCUGGUGAACGUAAAUGGUUAAUGCAAGCCAGAAAUUCAAUGGAUAUGUACGAAUGGAUUGAGGUGAUCAAUAAUUUGGCUGGAAUGCAGCAUAAAAUUAGUGAAGAACAACCCAAAGAAAUGUUGUCGAAAGGCGCUGUUGAAUUGCUAAAAGACGAUCAGGAUGGUAGUGCACUGGUGGAGCAUCGUAAAGUUGACAGCGAACAAACGGAAAAAGCAAAUAAGGAUUCGACGGUUGUUGGAUCAGACCGAUCACCGCCAACCACCAAAUCUACAUUCCCAUCAUCUGUAGCACAAGACGUGUUGGCCGCACAACCGAUUCAAUUCGACUUGUUAUCGAUUGGUUCAGAUUCUCAAACAAAGCCACCGCAUGAUGACAGUGGAGGGAAGUUGAAAGAAUUUGAUGUUCGUUUCUUGGGAUGUCUGGAGGUGAUGACAGAUGAGGGUGGUGAUGCGAUUGUUCAGCCGGCAAUUGAGCAUUUACUGCGAGCGAGAAGGGUGCAUAGUAUCGUGGAGAGUUGUGCAUUGAAGAUGUGCAUUGUGGCCGAUGAGUGCGGGGUGUUCCUGGUGGAUCGCGAACAGACUGAUAAUGUGAAGGCACAUUUCGACUUUGCUGAUAUAGCAUUUUGGUCGUCGCGUGCAGGAGAUGAUCAGACAGAGGUAAGCGAUUCCACUGAUGACGCUCAUCAGGAAAGGAUUAGAAGAAACAUGAUUAUGGCUAUGGUGACACGUACGAGAACUGACAAAACUAGUCGUCCCACAUUUAUGUGUUGCGUUCUGGCAUCGGACGAUGAGCAAACAACUGCCGCUGAGAUCUGUCGUGAAUUAACGAAUGCGUGGAAAAAAUCUGUGAGCGAUACAGCAGUGAACGUGGGUCGUGUUGCUGCUGCUGCUGCUGCAAAGCAACAACAAGAAUCGUCAUCGAUUCGCGAUGCAAAAGGAGAAACGAUCAGCGAAGAAGAUCAUUGA